AUGUUACCUAAACAAUUACCCUACACCAGUGAUGACACUAAUAUCUCUGAGUCCACACUUAGCAAUCAUGGUUCGGAUUUAUUUUCUAACACACAACAGAUAAACCCAUCUUCAGUUAAUUCAAAUGCUCUUGACUCAAAUGUUAGUCCUGAAACCAACCACAACGGUAAACCUCUCUUAGUUGAAGCUGUCUCAUCACAAACUACAGAUAAUGCAAAAACUAUUUCUUAUCAGUUUCCCACUAACUCUGGUUAUGAGUCGUUAUCACUAAGUUCCAAGAAAGAUGACAUUAUUCCAAGUUCUGCAUUACUUCAGGAGAUUUCAGUGAAUAUAGACGCUUAUCAGCCUUCUAAUGAUUUGCCAGAUAACGAAAAUGUGUUAAGUGAUUCUGUUUACCAGUCUGACAACUUACUACUUCAUAAACAAGUCGAAACACUAACAUGUAAACUCAUGGCCUCGCAAGAUCAGAUUGAUCGACUUUAG